GCCGCUGUGGCCGGUGAGGAGCCCGGCGGCGGGGCAGCGUUCCUCUUUCUCACUCGGCUCACUUGCCCACUUGGCUCGGGAGGCUGAGAGGAAACGGUCUCUGGCCUGUCAGGAGGACCAUUGGUGCUGUGGUGGAAGCCAGCGUCUAAGUCUUGUGUAUGGCGUGGUUAAGGUUGCAGCCUCUCACCUCUGCCUUCCUCCAUUUCGGGCUGGUUACUUUUGUGCUCUUCCUGAAUGGUCUUCGGGCAGAGGCUGGUAGCUCAAGAGAUGUGCCCAGCACAGGGCAGAACAAUGAGUCCUGCUCAGGGUCAUCAGACUGCAAAGAGGGCGUCAUCCUACCAAUCUGGUAUCCAGAGAACCCUUCCCUUGGGGACAAGAUUGCCAGGGUCAUUGUCUAUUUUGUGGCCCUAAUAUACAUGUUCCUUGGGGUGUCUAUCAUUGCUGACCGCUUCAUGGCAUCUAUUGAAGUCAUCACCUCUCAAGAGAGGGAGGUGACUAUCAAAAAGCCCAAUGGAGAGACCAGCACGACCACAAUUCGAGUCUGGAAUGAAACUGUCUCCAAUCUGACCCUGAUGGCCCUGGGUUCCUCUGCUCCUGAGAUUCUCCUCUCUUUAAUCGAGGUAUGUGGUCAUGGGUUCAUGGCUGGUGACCUGGGGCCUUCUACCAUUGUAGGCAGUGCAGCCUUCAACAUGUUCAUCAUCAUCGGCCUCUGCAUCUAUGUGAUCCCUGAUGGAGAGACUCGAAAGAUCAAGCACCUACGGGUUUUCUUUGUCACUGCUGCUUGGAGUAUCUUUGCCUACAUCUGGCUCUAUAUGAUCCUGGCAGUCUUCUCUCCUGGUGUGGUGCAAGUUUGGGAAGGCCUCCUCACUCUCUUCUUCUUUCCAGUGUGUGUCCUUUUGGCCUGGGUGGCAGAUAAACGACUGCUCUUCUACAAAUACAUGCACAAAAAAUACCGCACAGAUAAGCACCGAGGAAUUAUCAUAGAGACAGAGGGUGAGCACCCAAAGGGCAUCGAGAUGGAUGGGAAAAUGAUGAAUUCCCACUUCCUAGAUGGAAAUCUGGUGCCUCUAGAGGGGAAGGAGGUAGAUGAGUCCCGCAGGGAGAUGAUCCGGAUUCUCAAGGACCUGAAACAAAAACAUCCAGAGAAGGACCUAGAUCAGCUGGUGGAGAUGGCCAAUUACUAUGCUCUUUCCCACCAACAGAAGAGCCGCGCCUUCUACCGAAUCCAGGCCACUCGCAUGAUGACUGGGGCAGGCAAUAUCCUGAAGAAACACGCAGCAGAACAAGCCAAGAAAACCUCCGGCCUGAGCGAGGCCCACACUGAAGAGCCUGAGGACUUCGUCUCUAAGGUCUUCUUUGACCCAUGUUCUUACCAGUGCCUGGAGAACUGUGGUGCUGUCCUGCUGACGGUGGUGAGGCAAGGGGGAGACCUGUCUAAGGCAGUGUCUGUGGACUACAAAACAGAGGAUGGGUCUGCCAACGCAGGGGCUGACUAUGAGUUCACUGAGGGCACCGUGGUCCUGAAACCAGGAGAGACCCAGAAAGAAUUCUCUGUGGGGAUCAUUGAUGAUGACAUUUUUGAGGAGGAUGAGCACUUCUUUGUGCGGCUAAGCAAUGUACGUAUAGAAGAGGAGCACCAGGAGGAAGGAAUGCCUCCAAUACUCAACAAUCUUCUGUUGCCUCGGGCUGUCCUGGUACCUCCAUGUUUGGCCACGGUUACUAUCUUGGAUGAUGACCAUGCAGGCAUCUUCACUUUUGAAUGUGAUACCAUUCGUGUCAGUGAAAGUACUGGCAUUAUGGAGGUCAAGGUUCUGCGGACAUCAGGCGCCCGGGGCACAGUUAUUGUCCCCUUUAGGACAGUAGAAGGGACAGCCAAGGGUGGCGGUGAAGACUUUGAAGACACAUACGGGGAGUUGGAAUUCAAGAACGAUGAAACAGUGAAAACCAUAAGGGUUAAAAUAGUAGAUGAGGAGGAAUACGAAAGGCAAGAGAAUUUCUUCAUUGUCCUUGGUGAACCGAAAUGGAUGGAACGUGGAAUAUCAGCGCUCCUGUUAUCUCCAGAGGUGACAGACAGGAAGCUGACUAUGGAGGAAGAGGAGGCCAAGAGGAUAGCAGAAAUGGGAAAGCCAGUAUUGGGUGAACACCCCAAACUAGAGGUCAUCAUUGAAGAAUCCUAUGAGUUCAAGACUACAGUGGACAAACUGAUCAAGAAGACAAACCUGGCCAUGGUUGUAGGGACCCAUUCCUGGAGGGACCAGUUCAUGGAGGCAAUCACUGUCAGUGCGGCAGGGGAUGAGGAUGAAGAGGAAUCAGGGGAGGAGAGGCUGCCGUCCUGCUUUGACUACGUCAUGCAUUUCCUGACCGUCUUCUGGAAGGUGCUGUUUGCCUGUGUGCCCCCGACAGAGUACUGCCACGGCUGGGCCUGCUUCGUUGUCUCCAUCCUCAUCAUUGGCAUGCUCACCGCCAUCAUCGGGGACCUGGCCUCCCACUUCGGCUGCACCAUUGGUCUCAAGGAUUCAGUCACAGCUGUUGUUUUUGUUGCAUUUGGCACCUCUGUGCCAGAUACGUUUGCCAGCAAAGCUGCUGCCCUCCAGGAUGUGUACGCAGACGCCUCCAUUGGCAACGUUACAGGCAGCAACGCUGUCAAUGUCUUCCUGGGAAUUGGCCUGGCCUGGUCCGUGGCCGCCAUCUACUGGGCCCUGCAGGGACAGGAGUUCCAUGUGUCAGCGGGCACGCUGGCCUUCUCAGUCACCCUUUUCACCAUCUUUGCAUUUGUCUGCAUCAGUGUGCUCUUGUACCGACGGCGGCCACACCUGGGCGGGGAGCUUGGUGGCCCUCGUGGCUGCAAGCUUGCUACGACGUGGCUCUUCGUGAGCCUGUGGCUCCUCUACAUACUCUUUGCCACACUGGAGGCCUAUUGCUACAUUAAGGGGUUCUGAGUCACAGAACAAGGCCUCCAGCGGGACAGGCCUCAGACUUCUCCUAGGAGAAGGGCACUUCCCCACCAGUGACCAUUCCAGGUUGAGCAGCCCUGGAGAGGCAACAUCAGGGCUCAAGCCCCAGGGACUUCACCUGCCCUGGCAGUGCACUGGAACAAGUCCUAAUCAAACAGUCAGACUGAGGAGACAUCCACCUUCCAAAGUAUUUCCUUAAAUAUAAAUCAACAACAGCAACAAAUCCACUUCUACCCCAUCCUCCCGCACAUGUCCCAAACCCACAGCAAAGGUCAGACAGACUCUUUUUCCUCCUUCUAUUUUGCCUUCUAGUUGUUCCCUUGCCUCUAGUUUCUUUGGGGGCAGGGCUUCUCCCAUCUGUCCAAUGUGAUGCAACAUGAUUCUCUCAUUCAGCUUGGCAAGGAGUGAAAAUGAAUCCUGCCUGUGUGGCUAGUUUGGAGUUCUCUUUUUCAUUGUGACCAUUAUUGUGGUUGCUUUUAUUUUUCCACAAGGUUUUUCUUAUCUUGUCUUUUCUUCCAGAAGUUAGGGACAAAGGUGCCAUAAAGGAGCUCCAAGUCUGAGCCAGCAGAUGGGGCAUGGGUUUUCAGGCACACAUACUCUCACUCUUAGGAGGUCACAGCUAUUACUUGGCUCAAUAAGAUCCUAUCAUUUCUCUCUUUUUUUCUCUAAGCUCUUUGGAGGACUGAUGAUGCUUAGGUGAAGUAAGCUCAACUUGGGGAGCAAGAGGAGCUUUAUUUGCUUGCAUUGAAAUCAAGUCAAAAACAAGCAAUGGUCCUCCUUGUCCACAUCUUUCCAUUCUAUAUGCCUUGUUUCAGUGUUUUAGGUGCAUCCUCCUGCAGAAAGUCCCACCAAAUGGGUACUUAUGGGACAAAAGUUGGAAUAGUACAUGAUGGCAAAAGGCAGCUGAGCAAACAACGGGAUAGACAUGCCUUCUCAAAUAUCUCUGGCUUUGCAUGUGAGGCAGGAGAGAAGAGGUGUCCAACCAGUGAAAUCUUUAAGGGAAAAGACUAUGCAGUAUUGAAAAUGUCAGUGUUUCUGAGAAAUGUCAGCUUCACCACCACCUCGCUUCCUUAUGCACCACACUAAGAGGGCUGACUAUAUUUCUUGAAGUAAUGCAAGAAUUUAGAGAUUUAUAAGAAAACAAGGGGAUUCUUCCACCUCUCCUGGUCCUGAGGCCAGAUGUGAAAGAAUUUUCACAAGAUAGGAACUGGAAUUCCUCAUUUAUUCCAUGUUCCUGCUUGUUUUUAACCUUCAUGAAGCACUUUUUCCAGAUAGUGGGGUAUCUCCCCCCCACCAAGAAGAAUCUUAGUCACUGUAAUCCCACGGAGUGUAGAAAAAGAGACUGACAUGCCCUAUGGACCUUUUCCCAGUGGAUUUUUGAAAGGACCUGGCUUUAAAACACACAAACACAAAUAAACACACAUAUGACAUCACCACGAAACUACCCACAGAAUUUUAGGCUUUCUUCAUUGACAUGAAUACAUUUUCUAAGGGGAAAAAUAAAAACAAACUGUUUAAUUUUAAACACAUUUUUUAAGAAAAAAUAACUAAAAAAGAAACAGUGCUGGUGUCAUAAGCUAUGUUGACAGUUGCCAGUGGAAAUACUGAGUUGGUUUAAAAAAAAAAAAUAAAAGCUCUACUUAUAUCUCUCUACAUA